UUGACGCACUUUGAGUAUUCAUGUGGUUCCCUCUAAUUAUGCAACAAUACGUCUGCAUGUCAACAGAGGUUAAAGAAAGCAAGACACAAGGGCGAAGAAAGUGCUGUGAGCUGGGAGAAACAGUGGUGUCUUGACAUCAGAGUCAGAUUCCACUCUGUUUUUGACCCGCAUCAGUGAGAAGAGGCAGUCAGGAUGAAACUGUCUAGUUGGAAAUCUGACUGAUACCUAAGGAAAAAUUCUUCUGAGGUUUCAGCGGUAUCAUGCAUACUGAGAGAUACUGUCAAAUUAUAAUUCACCGAGGAGGUAGUGCACUUCAAAUUCAACAAUGAACAGGCUCUCUAGGACAUCUCUGGACCUCCAGGACACAAACAGAAUACAUAAUGCAUGGAAAUCAAGAAUACAAGAAUACUUCAUCCAGAGCCCAUUACCAUGGAGGAAAAUCAACAGACAGAAAACAAAUGAAGCAAGCCUACUGGGAGAAUCUCUUGAGAUGCUCCUUUCCCAGAAAUGUGGACAAAUAGCGUUUCGGGACUUUCUGAAGUCAGAGUUCUGUGAGGAAAACCUGGACUUCUGGCUGGCCUGUCAAGAGUUUCAAACCUUUGACAGUCCUGAGGAACUAACAAGGAGAGCAGCAAGGAUUUAUGAAGAGUUCAUCAGGGCUGAGUCUCCCAGACAGAUAAAUGUAGAUUUCUAUACAAGAGAGAUCAUCAGUCAGAGUCUCCAGCAACCAAGUCCAUCGUGUUUUGUCGUGGCACAGAAGAAAGUCUACAGCCUGAUGGCAAACGGCUCCUUCCCACGCUUCAUCCAGUCUGACCAAUACAAAGUCCUGUUUGAUGCAGCUUCUAAACAGAGAGGCCUCGGGAAGCACUGGAAGACCAGACACCGAGCAGACACUUCCCCUUCCCUUAAAAUGUCACCUCAAUAACAUAAUGUCUGGCAAGACUGAAAGGUGCGCCAAUGCAAUGGUCAUAACAUGCUGCAGGCAGUGACAUCUGGUGCACAGUCAACACUGGCCAUCACCAAAAGUAAAACCGUAGCUUUUAAUUGUGAUAUUUUGAGUGUAAACUUUUUGCACAUGACUGCAGGACUGUUGUGUAUUUUGUGAGUGUGAAUUUGAACAAUGUUCAUAAAAAAAUGUAUAUGAUUUUGACAUGUAUGCAUCAUGAGCGCUGUAAUAAAUUGCUCAGCUGACUUAACAAGUCAGCUGG